AUGUCGCUCACAGCAGUGUGCAGCAAACAGCUGCCUCCUUGUAACCUGAGUGAAGAGGACCUGUUACAGAACCCACACUUCAGCAAACUGCUGCUGGGUCUCUCACAGCACAUGGAUGAGAGCGGCUUAAGCCUCACCCUGGCAAAGGAGCAGGCUCAGGCAUGGAAGGAAGUUCGACUGCAUAAGACAACAUGGCUGAGGUCUGAGAUUUUACAGAGAGUCAUUCAAGAGCUGCUUGUGGACUACUAUGUGAAGACACAAGACACAAAUUUAACUUCUGAGGACAAAAAGUUUCAUGAGACCCUUGAACAGCGGCUACUCGUGACUGAACUGACACGACUGUUAGGUCCCAGCCAGGAGAGAGAAAUGCCUCCGCUGUUGGGGCUGGAGAGGGCGGACCUUCUGGAGCUCAUGCCCCGCUCAGAGGAUUUUGUGUGGAUGAGAGCUCGGCUCCCACUGGACGUGGAGGAGCAGCUCAAGAAGAAAUGUUUCACCCUGCUCUGCUACCAUGACCCCAAUUCAGAUUCCGACAGUGAAACCUUGAAGGCAGCAAAGGUGUGGAAACUGGCAGAGGUCCUGGUGGGUGAGAAGCAGCAAUGCCAGGGUGCCAAGAGCCAGCAGAAGGAGCAGACAGUGCUGCUCGAGAAGAAGAGUGCCACUUACUCCCAGGUACUUCUGCGCUGCCUUGCCUUGCUGCAGAGGCUUCUUCAGGAGCACCGGCUUAAGACUCAGUCUGAGCUGGACCGCAUCAAUGCCCAGUACCUGGAGAUCAAGUGCAGUGCCAUGAUCCUUAAGCUGAGGAUGGAGGAGCUAAAGAUCUUGUCUGACACUUAUACUGCUGAGAAGGUGGAAGUUCAUCGUCUCAUUAGGGACCGUUUGGAGGGGGCCAUUCGCCUACAAGAGCAGGAAAUGGAGAAGUCCCGACAGGUCCUGAGCACCUAUGAGGUCCUUGGGGAGGAGUUUGACAGACUGGUAAAAGAGUACACUGAACUCAAGCAGGCAGCUGAGAACAAGCGCUGGGCCCUCCAGGAGUUUAACAAGGCCUGUCGCUGAGCGCUGCCUGGUGGGGUUCCGGCGACGGACUUCUGCAUGGGCGCUGCCUCCCCCUCCUUCUGCUGAAAGGAUCACCUCCACCUGAGGCCCACUUUCACUCCGGGAGUGUGGGGACACUUGCUUGAAACCCUGCAGUGGAUUAGGCACCGUCCUGGUUUUUCUUCCUUGUUUACAGUGACUGAGUCUCUUCUGGGAAAUGGAGCAGAUUUAUGUAAUUCUCUGUGCAGCUAUUUGUCAGUGUCAGCCCUGUAUUAUAUUUGAUUAUCUCCUGAAUAAAGUGAUGAUGCUUCCUUUGGGCA